AUGGACACCGACCACCCCCCCGCCGACCACAGUUCCCCGGACGCGAAGGGAAAGCAAGUAGAGGCAGAGCAAUCCCGAGCACAGCCUGCAGAGGGAACGCUUCUCCAAAACGGCAGCAAAGUGCAUGCCUCGGCUACGCACGACCCAGACCACCACGCCCCGCGUGCCGCUCCCAGCGAGUCCAAUGGUUCUGCCAACGUUGACGGCAACCACCACUCUGUCGCCGACCCAGGGCAGGCCCCUGCAGCAUCCCAAGCACCCUUUCACCCAGAGUCCCCACAAGAGCCGAAUACGAGCUCGUCUUCCUCGUCUGCAUUUCCAUCCGGAGGCAAGGAGCGGCCGGAGGAGCCCGACCAGCAGAAAGAGACGGAUUCCAAGGACAAGAACUCACUUGAUACCACCCUCGCGGGAACGCAGACCUUCUCGCACGGGCUCUUUAGGAAGGACGGGAAGUCGUCGGACGGCGCACAUACCAUGUCCAGCAUGGCGGAACAGCCGGAACGCGCACCCAAACACACAAAAAGGCACAAGUCGUCGGUGUUCGUCAAGUUGUUCCGCGUCUUUGUUCCCUGCGUUGGCCAUACGCAUGCGCACAUUAUCGACGUCGAGAGCGGGCCACUGCACCAGCCUCAGGUAGGCGCCGAUGCUGAUGCCAGCACAUCCGCACUGAAGGGCAAGCUGGCCUUGAAGGAGGCGGAGAAGCUCCCGCCUCCACCGCCCGCAGAGGAACCGAUGCCCAGUGCCCCUCCGGAGGAAAUCCCAGAAGUUCCGCAACCUGCUCCUCCAGUAGAAACAGACCUACCCACAGGCCCACCAGACCUGUCGCUGCAGCCGCUUGACAUCCCAGAGCAACCUGAGGAUCCUGCGGUGAUCGUUCCGCCAACGCCCACGAAACUGCUUCCCGAGGAAGAGACGCAUAAUAUGACGUCCGGUGCGGUGCAGCCGCCGGGAUCCACAGGAGAGGAGAGCCUUCAUGAGCAUGCACACCAUGGGCGGGACUCGGGAGACGAGAGUGAUGGCUCUACUAGCUUUACGGAGGAUGAGGAAAUGGAGGAGCCUAAUCGGAUUGAUGAGGUGGAAGACGAGGAAGAGCGGCUCAUUAUGAAUGGGGGAACAGGCAUCCCAAUAGGACCUGACGGUGUCGAACAACCUCUAUUACCUCCAAUUUUGCCGAAGCACGCUGGCCGAAAGUGUCUUGUACUCGAUCUUGAUGAGACGUUAGUACACAGUAGCUUCAAGUCAAUACAGCAGGCAGACUACGUUGUGCCAGUAGAGAUCGAAUAUCACCUGCACAACGUGUAUGUGAUCAAGCGACCAGGAGUCGACAACUUCUUGAAGAAGAUGGGGGAGAUUUAUGAGGUUGUGGUGUUCACGGCAAGUCUUAGCAAGUAUGCUGAUCCGGUGCUGGACAAGCUGGAUAUCCAUCAAGUCGUUUCGCAUCGGCUAUUCCGGGAGAGCUGUUACAACCAUAGGGGGAACUACGUCAAGGAUCUCUCGCAACUCGGGCGAUCAGUCUCAGACACGAUCAUCCUUGACAAUUCGCCCGCAUCGUACAUCUUCCACCCAAAUAAUGCCGUGCCUGUCUCGUCAUGGUUUAACGACCCACAUGACACGGAACUUACCGACCUCUGCCCAUUCCUUGCGGACCUCGGGCAAGUCGACGACGUCAGAGGCGUUCUCGACGGCGGCCUAUAG